CUGCAAAAUAAUGAUACUGAUUGUGAAAAAACGAUAACAUUAGCCAAAAACCUUCUGAAAGAUAUUCAUAGUACUUUUCCUGAUCAUCAAGAUGAUAAUUUGGACAUUCUGAAAGCUGUAGAAGAUAUUAAAUAGAAACUGAAAUCAGAACUUGAAAGUAUUGAUACAACUGAUAUUUGGAUGGAAAAUAAUACAAGACCCGAAUUGAGCAAUUUCAUACAAUUAACAAGAUCGCUUUCUUUAGAAUCGUGUCCAGCUGUUAUAUGUGUAGAUGAUUUAUUAAAACUAUUACCGCAGUUUCCUAGUAAGGAACAAUCAAUUAAAAACAAAUUUAUUGAGUCAAAGUCUAAAUUUAUGAAUACCAAGAAAUCGUAUGAAAUUGAUGUUCUUGGAAAAAUUAUUGCCGAAAUGGCACUUUCGACUCACAGUUUAGUAAUAGAUGCUGGAGCUGGAAAAGGAUAUUUAUCGACAUAUUUAUCAGAGCACUUUGACGUUCCUGUAUUAGCAAUUGAUUCAUCGCAUACUUGCCAUAAAGGUGCGAUAAAUCGUCAGGAAAAAAUUCAGAAACGAAAACAAUCGCUAACAAAAAUUCGAUAUGUAAUUCAAGAGUUAGAUGAAACAACUGAUUAUAACAAGAUAGUGAAUACAAAUUAUCCUGAUUGGAGUGUAAAUAGAAAUCUGAUUUUAACAGGAUUACAUACUUGUGGAAUGCUUGUACAUUCUGUAAUGAAAGCUUUUUUACAUGCAAAGGACAUUCAUCUUCUUUUUAUAGUCCCAUGUUGUUAUCAUUUAACAGAUGAAUCAUUGAGUGGACGUUGGAUUUUCUCUAAAAAUGCUAGAAUGUUGGCUCAACAAUCUAUUGAAAGGAGUAGACAUAAUAAAUAUUUUACUCCUUCAUUAUUUUAUAGAGCUGUGCUACAAGUUAUUCUGCAUUCUAUGGGAUAUUACAAUACUAAAGUUGGUAGUGGUGGACCAUUGGAUAAUUUUGCAGAUUAUGCAAAAUGGGCCUUAUCCAAAAUUGGAGUAGAUAAUAAACAGGUUUUUAUUACAUCUAAAAUACCAUCUACUCGUGCACUGCAGAAAAUAUAUCAGAGUCACAUACAUUUUGAAUCGAAGUUGCAUCUCUUUCAAACACUAAGAAUAUAUACAAGUUCAGUAGUGGAAGCAGCGAUUAUGUUGGAUAGAAUAAUAUUUCUACAAAAUAAUGCCCAACACUCGAAGAUUGCUAUAGUACGCUUAUUUGAUCCAACAGUCUCCCCCAGAUGUUAUGGAAUAUUUAUGAUAAAAUAAAUGUAAUAAAUACAAAAAAAUAACAUAUGGAAGAUAUGAAAAUGAAGAAAAAGAAAGAAUAAAAAAUUUAAUUGAAUUAAUAGUACAAAUAUCAAUUUACUUAUAGGAAUUAUUCGUCAUGCUUAGUAUGAUUAUGAAUAAUUUAACAUGUUAAAUGCUAUCAAUGAUUAACAUCGAUUUGUCUAUGGCAAACUAAUUAAAAAUGCUUAUAUAACAAAUAACAACACUUUGAUGAAUUAAUAAUUUUCCAACUUUUGAAUUAAUAAUUUUCCAACUUUUAAAAUAUAUAUAAAUGCCAUAGGAAUUUACCAAUGAGAUAAAUGUACUAUGCAUGAUUAUAUGAACAAAAAUUCAAUCAUAUUAUAAUUAUUUCAAUGAUAAAAAUUUUUGAUAUAAAACAUGUAAAAUUUGCUCGACAUUCAUGUAUUAAAAUUGCAACAAAUGGCUAAAAUAUAAAAUAAAUUUUCAUUUAAUGACUUUCA